CUUAAAUAAACCCUGUAGAAAUAUAACAGUUCCUGAAAAAGAGAGUUCUCAGAAUGGGAAAAUAAGAAAGUGAAAGGUCAAGAAAAUGCUCUCGCCUUGGUUACUUGACCUGUGUGCAUUUAUUUGAGAGAAGAAAAGAGGAAGAUGCUUGGCCGUGCUACACAUCUUAUUGCUGCACUAGCACGCUUUUACAAACCUUUCUUUGGAGGUCGCUAUCUUAUCAUCACCAAUACACUGAGCGCUGGUUUUUUACUUGGAACUGCAGAUAUCAUUCGGCAAUCUAUGGAGAGAAGGCAAAAGCCCACAAAAAACUGGGAUACUGCCCGCACAACUCACAUGUUUAUUACAGGAUGCACUGUGGGCCCACUGCUACAUUAUUGGUAUUUCUGGAUAGAUAAAAUAACUCCAGGGAAAAAAACUAAAAAGAUUAAAGUUGUGAUUAUAAAGGUAGUAAUUGACCAGACCUUUGCUCCAUUCUUUGCAUGCUGGUAUUUCAUGGAAAUGGGACUGUUUCAAGGUCAAAGUGUGACAGAGAGCUGGAAUGAAUUUAGACGGAAAUUCUGGGAAUAUUAUUUGGCAGAACUCUCUUUGUGGCCAGCAGCUCAGAUGAUCAACUUCUUUUUUCUCCCUUCCGCAUAUCGAGUGUUAUUUGUGAAUGUAGUAACACUGGGAUGGAAUGUCUACCUUUCAUACCUCAAACACAGAAAUGAAGGAGAAUAAAGAAGUGAAGGAUGGAUCUAUUUCA